UGGCCUUGGAUGUCGAUUACACACUGUUACUGUGUGAGAAAAUUAAUCCGUACGUAAAAGAUGAUACAAUAAUAAUAAUAAAUAAUACAAUAUAGAAAAGGAAUACGCGGGAAGCGAAUCAUGCAGACGUGAACUCUCGAAUGUAGCUUUCUUGUGGCCGUAUUAAUGUAUUAUGUAAGUAUACCGGGACAAUUCGUAGAGACAGGUCACUCUGUACACCUGAUUAGCGUCAACUCAACGUACGCGGAAUAUGGAGUGGCCAGUUUCCACAUAUUGUUCCUGUAUAGCACGUCGUUGACGUCUACAAUACAUACGGUCAAAAAGUGAGUACAAAAAUUGAUCAUUCCUACUUAAUUAAUUCAAUCGUUACAGUUGUUUUUUUUUUCCCCUGUACCCAAGACAAACUGUGAUUGAUAAAGUACGUUAUCAAUUUGGAAAAAAACUUGGCAUAUUUUUUCUCACCAUGGCAUUUGAAAAUUUUGAAUCUAGUUCCUUAGAAUCAUCCAACUGCAUAUCCUAAUUAAUGCACGCGGUCAUCGGAUGACAUUUGUCCUUAAAGCUACGAAGAUAUGUCGAGUAACGCUGAAGAUCGUACUUUUAUUUUCCUUUGCGCUUUUUUACUUGGUUUUAUCAGUAGUGAAUGAACACUCAUGAAUGUUUUGUUUAGGUUAGAUUGGGUCAGUUUGCCGUUGCCAUUAUCGUUAGAUUUUAUAGUUUCGUUAUAUAAUCACUCAUGGCGACUUAUCAGUAGCAUAGUAAUGAAUCAUGUAGAUGGUCCAUACAUUCUCAUAUUACAAUUUACUUCCUCGUCGCUCAUAACGCGUAUUUCACUGUUCGUUUAUCUUGUUUUUCUGCACGAAAUGAGACUCCCUUCAGAAUUUACUAACGAUGAAACCAAUAGCAACUGAGCAACUAUAGAUCAUAGCGAAUGUACGGUUGGCUACAAUAUCGAAAAGAACUGCUCAAUUUAAAAAUGCAACCUGGCGCACAGAUCCGGAAGUGGUCAGAAGCGGAUUGGUUGAAUCAUUCCACAAUGCGUCGAUUUGUCAGUUAUGUAAGUUUUCACCUCCAACCACGCUCUAGCAAGUUUUCCGCUCCACCUUCAAAUCAGUUGAUAUCUGAUUAGCGAAGCGAACAUUUGAAUAGUAUCUACUGUCCUACUAACUAAUCAAGUCACAAUUGAAUUCGUUUGGUGAUUCAGGUAUUAUCUUAUCACGAAUACGAUGAAUGAUAAAUUUCAGAAUCAUUGCUUAAUGUGAUGUAAUAUACGACAAAUCUUCGCGAAAAGAACACGAAGAGAAUUCUGUAAGAAUACACUUUUCACUGUAACAUUUGCAACCAGUUUGAUUGCAAUUUGUGCAUUUUGUGCUAUCUUGGGCCAUUGUUGCAUUGUUCAUCUGAUGAACGUCUUCUCAAAUUCAACCGACCUAACAAAUGCCAUUCUAUUUCAUUGUGUCGACUGAGUGAUGGGUACAAAGUUAUUGGUAUAACAAAACUAUGGGGCUGCAUACGGAACUGGAGUCAGAGGAAGAUUAAAGACAAUUCAAGUAGACUCAACGAAUGGCCUGGUAUCAAGUGAUACCUAAUUGUACAACAAAAGCUUGCCACUCCAUAAUCAAAUAUGGAGAAGAGUGAAAGGCAGCAGCGUUUCCCGCAUCCACGUGAAUCGGCGAAUCCACUUUCGUUGGUCACCUUCGCAUAUGUUCGGAAAAUUUUUAUGCUGGGCUUCAAAAGAGAUCUGGAAGUAGAAGAUCUAUAUGAGCCUCUGAAAGGACAUGAAUCUGGUGAUCUUGGCGAUCGCAUUGCUCAAGAAUGGGAAAAAGAAAAGAAACGAGCGGGAAAUGCAAUUGAGGAACAUCAACCUAGUCUGUUGAAUGUACUCAAGAAAUGCUUUGCAUUAGAUAUCAUAUUAUUUGGUACAGUUCUGACGGUUACAGAAAUGUUUAUCAGGGUACCACAGCCAUUGCUCUUAGCUGGUUUGCUACGAUACUUCGACCCUGCUAGUGGAAUGGCGAAAGAAGAGGCAUAUUUGUGGGCAAUGGGUAUUGCUUUGUGUUCUAUUAUUCACUGCUUGAUUCUACAUCCCAGUGUUCUCGAACUCGGCCACGUUGCUAUGAAAAUGAGAGUGUCAUGUUGCUCACUGAUAUAUAAGAAAUGUUUGAAAUUGUCGAGAACUGCACUCGCUGAAACUACCGUUGGGCAGGUUGUUAAUCUUCUCAGCAACGACGUCAGCAGAUUCGAUACGUGCAUCUAUUUACUUCCUUACAUAUGGCUGGGGCCUUUACAAACCGUAGUGAUGACAUAUUUCAUUUAUGAUCGAGUUGGUUGGGUUGCAGUAGUGGGAAUGUUCACACUUUUGACGUUUAUCCCCCUGCAAGGAUACCUUGGAAGGCUGUCUUCAAAAUUACGAUUCCGAAUCGCCCUGCGAACGGACACGCGUAUUCGACUUAUGGAUGAAAUCAUAAACGGAAUCCAAGUAAUCAAGAUGUUUACUUGGGAGAAGCCUAUUUCUUUGCUUGUGGAUACCGCUAGGAGGAAAGAGAUUCGUGAAAUAAGGAAGAAUAUAUUUAUUCAAGGAAUAACUGGGUCGUUCGACAUGUAUUUGCCAAGACUUUGUAUUUUCCUCACUAUAUUGGCCUAUGUUCUUCUCGGCAACUCGAUCACGGCAGAACAAGUCUUUAUGACGACCUCAUUUUACAACAUACUUCGUACAAAUAUGACUAAGGCGUUCCCAAACGCUAUUAUUCAACUUGCUGAGACCUCUGUUUCCAUUAAGAGAUUGCAAAAGUUUCUCAUGCUCACCGAAUCAGAGAAGAUACCAGACAAUAAUGUUCACCUCAAUCUCGAUAAAUCGAAGCAUUUACCCGCAGUUGUAUUGAAUAAUGCCUCAGCCAAUUGGAGGUCGGACAGUCAAGAAAAUACCUUGUCUAAUUUAAACGUUACGAUCGAACAUGGGCAACUCGUAGCCAUUAUCGGUGCCGUUGGCUCCGGAAAAUCGAGUCUCGUGCAAACCAUUCUUCGCGAACUCCCUUUGAAGAGCGGAAGUAUCAAAGUGAACGGCCAGAUAGCUUUCGCUAGCCAGGAGCCAUGGCUCUUCUCAUCCUCCAUCCGACAGAAUAUUCUCUUUGGUCGUCCGAUGGAUGAGUCGCGCUACCAAAAAGUGGUCAAUGUUUGUCAACUGAAACGCGACUUUACGCUAUUCUCUCAUGGCGAUAAAACACUUGUGGGCGAGAGAGGGAUCAGUUUGAGCGGGGGACAACGGGCGAGAAUAAAUUUGGCGAGGGCCGUCUACGCGGACGCCGACAUUUAUCUAUUCGACGACCCCCUCUCGGCAGUGGACGCUCACGUGGGAAGGCACAUGUUCGAGGAAUGCAUCGACGGCUAUCUACUUGGCAAGACUAGAAUACUGAUAACCCAUCAGCAUCAAUACUUGAAGCAUGUUGACCGCAUCAUCGUCAUGAAUAAAGGUACCGUCGAGGCUGUUGGAACGUUCGAUGAACUCCAAACCGCCGGACUUGACUUUGCCAAGCUAUUGGAAAAGUCGAAGGAUCCAGAGGACGAAGAAAAACAACCGGAAGUUUAUCGUAGAUUAUCUUCUGUCCCAAGCAUUCAGUCCGAACAAGGCGAUGAUAUGGAUCCCGUCGAGGUAGCAGAGUUAACAACGACCGGCCAGAUCUCUGGAAGAACCUAUAUUUCAUACUUCGGAGCGGCAGGUAGCAUUCAUUACAUUUUCAUGACAUGUGUGGUUUGCAUUCUGAGUCAAGCUGCCGCCACCGGGGGGGACUAUUUCAUCAGCUAUUGGGUCAAUCAAGAGGAAGCUUCAGUUGUUGUUAUCAAUGGCACGACGAUUUUCAACUGGACGAACCCAUUGACGAGAGACAUGUGCAUAUACAUUUACACCGCGUUGGCUGUCGCUACCAUAAUAACAAGUUUUGGGAGGGUGUUUAUGUUCCUGAAUGGCUGCAUGCAAGCAUCAAGGAACUUGCAUAAGAAUCUUUUUGGCAGCGUCUCCCGAGCAACGAUGCGUUUCUUUAAUAUGAAUUCGUCAGGGCGCAUAUUGAACAGAUUUUCGAAGGACAUGGGAGGUGUCGAUGAAUUGCUGCCAAUAAAUAUGUUACAAGUGGUUCAGGUGGGUUUGACGUUCGGUGGCACUUCUAUCGUCAUAGCUAUGGCCAAUCCUUUGCUCACGCUACCAAGUCUUUUCAUCAUAGUUGUAUUGUACUUUGUGCGGAUGUUCUACAUGCGCACCAGCAGAAGCAUAAAACGUCUGGAAGGAAUGACCCGCUCUCCAGUAUUUGCACAUCUUAGCGCUACAUUGAAUGGACUACCAACGAUUCGCGCAUUUCAUGCGGAGACCAUUCUUGCUGAAGAAUUCGACAAUCAUCAGAACCUGCAUUCUUCGGCCUGGUUCACGUUUAUUUCAGGAGCCCGUUGUUUUGGAUAUUAUGUGGACUUGACAAGCGUGAUCUACGUCACUCUCGUCAUCUUCAGUUUCCUUGUUCUCGAUCAGGACACAUUUGGAGGUACCGUUGGAUUGGUGAUCACUCAAUGCAUGGGACUCACGCAGUUGCUGCAAUGGGGAAUGCGAAUGUUGACGGAGAUGGAAAACCAGAUGACUUCUGUCGAGAGAGUCGUAGAGUACAGUAAUCUGGAAAGCGAGCCACCUCUGGAAAGUACACCGGAAAAUAAGCCUCCGCGAGAAUGGCCAAGUCUAGGGAAAAUCGAAUUCAGAGAUUUGUCUCUGAGAUACGAUCCCGAGGAACCUCCCGUCCUGAAUCACAUGAAUUUCACCAUUCAUCCUCGAGAGAAGAUAGGAAUCGUCGGACGUACCGGGGCAGGAAAGUCUUCCAUGAUUUCCGCUCUAUUCCGACUGGCCCUCAACGAAGGAGAAAUUUACAUCGACGAUGUGCCGACGAGCAAGCUCGGGUUGCACGACCUGCGAUCCAAGAUCUGUAUAAUACCCCAGGAACCGGUAAUCUUUUCGGGCCAUUUGCGGGAAAAUCUUGACCCAUUCACCGAAUAUUCCGACGACGUUCUCUGGCAAGCUCUCGAUGAAGUGAAACUAAAAGAAACCGUGAAUCUGCUACCGGGUGGGCUGAGCUCCAAGAUGUCCGAGAGUGGAUCGAAUUUCAGCGCAGGCCAACGGCAGUUGAUUUGUCUCGCGCGAGCAAUCGUGAAACGCAACCAGAUAUUGAUAAUGGACGAAGCCACCGCCAACGUUGACCCUCAAACCGACGUUUUCAUCCAAGAAACUAUCAGAAAGAAGUUCGUCGAUUGCACCGUUCUCACGAUAGCUCAUCGCUUGAAUACGAUCAUGGACAGCGACAGGGUGCUGGUGAUGGACGCUGGAACAGUAUUGGAAUUCGAUCAUCCUCAUCUUCUAUUACAAAAUCCUUCGAGUCAAUUUGCCGAUAUGAUCAACCAAACUGGCCGAUCGAUGGCAGAGACUCUUAAGGAAAUAGCAAAACAGAAUUACCUCAAUCGAGCGCUCACGUAACGAAGAAAAGUAGGAGAAUUCCUCUCCGCUAUGUUCCUUAGGAAUUCAUUUUCAAAGGUACUUCACAUUCGGAAAUGGUCCCCAAUCUUGUAUCAAAGUCACGAGAUUUUGCGGUUGGGAAUGGUCUUCAAUUCAUAGUAUUAAAAUCAAGAGACUUGUCUUCAUUUAGUUCCAUAGUCACUAUUAAACAAGAAUUGUCUGCUGAAUGUGAUAAAAAAUGUAAUAAUAUAUUUUUUUGUAUGAGAA